AUGGAUGAAAAUGAAAUUACUAGACUAGGAGGAAGAUUAGAAUUUGCUGAAUUAUCUACAGAAGGAAAACAUCCUAUGAUUCUUCCAAAACGGUCCUGGCUGACAUUUUUCAUCGUGAGAAGAGAACAUGAAAAAAUGAUGCACGGUGGAACAGCUUGCACUUUAGCGCGAAUUCGGCAACGUUUCUGGAUUCCAAAAGGACGGCAGUUAGUCAAAAGUGUAAUCAAAAAGUGUCGAAUCUGCCAAAAAUAUCUUUCGAAGGCUGCUAAUCAAAUUACAGCUCCGUUGCCACUUGACAGAAGUAACACCUCGCCUCCAUUCUCAGUUUGCGGAUUAGAUUUUGCGGGACCAAUUUAUGUGAAAUUUUUUAAAGAAGUUCGAAAAUCCUAUAUAGUUUUGUUUACAUGUGCAGUUACUAGAUCAAUUCACCUUGAACUCGUUAGCGAUAUGACAACAGAUUCCUUCUUAUUAGCACUUCGAAUAUUUUUAGCUAGAAGAGUAAACUUUGAAAGAGCUGCUUGGUGGGGAGGUUUUUACGAGCGACUUGUGAAAUUCGUAAAAGAUUGCCUGCGGAAAAUUGUAGGGAAAGUCUUGUUAAAUUUUGAAGAAAUGACUACAUUGCUUACAGAAGUAGAUAUUGUCCACAACUUGCGACCGCUAACUUACGUCUACAAUGAAAAUAGUGAACCUUUGCCUUUGAUACCAAUGCACUUCCUAAAUUUUGGUCGAGAACCUCAAUAUCCUAUCAAUUUCGCUGAAAUAGCAGAAAAUGAAUCGUAA